UAAAAUUGUUUUAUAUUUUAAACUACAAAUAACUUAUUCUACAUGAAAUAAUAAAUAACCGAAUAAAUUAAAAUCUUAACAAGCUCUCUAGACGCAAUCUCAGGAUGAACAAACUAAGCAUAAAAGCUGUUCUUGGAUGUACCCUCUUAAUAACGACUCUUCUGUCGACGAUAAUUCUAGUUUUAUAUCACGUUCUAACCGGCAAGGGAGAAAGAAUAAGUAUUGGAUGGUUUCUUGAGAAUACAUCGCCACAUAUGUGGUGUUGCCUGGGCAUAGGUCUUUCUGUUUCAUUAUCCAUUGUAGGGGCCGCUGUGGGUAUUCACACAACAGGAGUCAGUAUUAUUGGCGGAGGAGUUAAAGCACCUAGAAUUAAGACUAAGAAUCUCAUUUCUGUAAUUUUUUGCGAGGCAGUUGCUAUUUAUGGUUUGAUUAUUGCCAUUGUCUUGUCUGGGUACAUGGAAAAUUUUACAUGGAGCCUGGUUUUAAAAGAAGAUGAUUUGAAGAGUAAAAAUUGGCUUGCAGGAUAUGUAAUGUUUGGAUCAGGCCUCUCAGUGGGAAUGGUCAAUCUAUUCUGUGGCAUGGCAGUUGGUAUAGUUGGUUCUGGAGCAGCUUUAGCUGAUGCUGCUGAUUCGUCUUUAUUUAUGAAGAUUUUAGUUAUUGAAAUUUUUGGAAGUGCAAUAGGUCUUUUUGGUCUAAUUGUAGGCAUUUACAUGGUGUCCAAAGUUCAAAUGGGAGACAAAAUUCAUUAAAUAGCUUUUACCUUUAAAUGGUUUAAAACAAGUAUUAAACAUUGACAACUAGUCAUUAUUUUAGCAUUUUCAUGAUGACAAGACAUGAAACACUAAUUAAAAUCCCACUAAAUUUUGUCAUGAAUGUGAAAGAAAUAAAAUUUUAUCAAAUUAAAAAAUUUGCUUCAUACUUGAAAAGUAAUUUAGUGUUCUUAUAUUUUUUUAUUAAAAAUAUAAAUUGGCACAAUCUUAGUUUUAACAGUUUGUUUUUGUUGCAUAAAUUUUUGGAACAUCUCUACAGUAAUUGCCUAAAAUGCUAAAUGGACUUAUUGGAAUACCCAAAAUAAUUUAUUAAUUAACUGAAUCAGA